GGGAAGGGGGAAUAAAGACCAAAAUGAAAUAGGAGUAUGAAUUGAUUGGGUGUGUGGUCUCAUUGCUCUCUCUUGAGUCAGCAAUAUCCAUUCCUUUUUGGUAAAAUAUUAGGCAACAGCCGCCGGAGCAAGGGCGUCUACAAGUAUCUCUCGUUUCUCAUCUGAAUUUUGAGGAUGGAUGGAUCGAAACAAUCUUUCUCUCUGUGUUCGUGUGAGCUUAAGCGGUAAGUAAGUGGACGUGGUGAGUGUGUCAGAAGAUGGAUGGAUAGAAAGGCUCAAAACUUGACCGCUUCCUCCAUCAAUCAAUCAAUCAAGGUAAGGUAUAAAUAAAUGGCGGCAAAGAAGUUAUACGAGUCGUUUUCAAAGGAACUUAUCGAGGAUGUGCAUCGAUGGGGUUCCAUGAAACAGACUAGUGUGAGUCUUAAGUAUAUGAUGGAGUUCGGUUCCAGACCCACUGCCCGCAAUUUGCUCAUUUCCUCUCAAUUCCUUCACAAGGAGCUCCCUAUACGCAUUGCUCGCAGGGCUAUUGAGCUCCAAAACCUUCCCUAUGGUUUAUCUCUCAAGCCUGCUGUUCUAAAGGUCCGAGAUUGGUAUUUGGAUUCUUUCCGUGACCUUAGAUCCUUUCCGGAUAUAAAGGAUCAGAAUGACGAGUUGGAAUUCACACGAAUGAUUAAUUUGGUUAAGGUCCGGCACAACAACGUUGUACCUAUGAUGGCUUUGGGAGUUCAACAACUAAAGAAAGAUCUGGACCCUAAGAUUGAUUAUAAGGAUUUGGAUGAGAUACACCAGUUUCUUGAUCGCUUUUACAUGUCUAGAAUCGGGAUCCGCAUGCUUAUCGGGCAGCAUGUGGUGCUGCACGAUCCUAAUCCACCUCCUGAUUGUGUGGGCUAUAUACAUACAAAAAUGUCCCCUCUGGAGGUUGCACGCAGUGCUAGCGAGGAUGCCCGUUGUAUUUGCUUGCGUGAAUAUGGCAGUGCACCUAAUGUCAACAUUUAUGGGGACCCAAACUUCACAUUCCCCUAUGUGCCCACACAUCUGCAUUUAAUGGUUUUUGAGUUGGUUAAGAACUCCUUGCGUGCUGUGGAAGAGCGAUUUGUGGACUCGGACAAAGUUGCCCCUCCUAUUCGAAUAAUAGUUGCUGAUGGUCUUGAGGAUGUUACCAUCAAGGUUUCUGAUGAAGGGGGUGGCAUACCAAGAAGCGGCCUUCCCAAAAUUUUUACUUAUCUCUACAGUACUGCCAGGAAUCCAUUGGAUGAGCAUUCAGACCUUGAAACAACAGAUGUUGCUACUCCGUCUACGUUGGCUGGUUAUGGAUAUGGACUUCCAAUAAGUCGUUUAUAUGCUCGCUACUUUGGAGGGGAUUUGCAAAUUAUCUCCAUGGAAGGCUAUGGCACUGAUGCUUAUCUGCAUUUGUCGCGGUUGGGAGAUUCGCAAGAGCCCUUACCUUGAUAUUUGAUUGUGGGGGAGAACGCCUCUGUAAAUAUUUCUAUUCAAGAAACAUGAACAUUUGAUCCUACUCAUUACUGGUAUAAUUGUCAAAUUACUUUACUUUUCCAUGGA